GCGACCGGUACACGCGCGUGCGGGCAACCUUACGAUCACGACGGACGCUACGACGACGACGAACCGUGCCGAUAGCGUAUACGUGUGAGUGUGUGUAUGUAUUUAUAUGUGUGGACAACAAGCAUGUGCGUGCGUGUGUGUGCAUUGCCCUGAGAAACGAGAAAUUAAUAAAUAUUAAUAAAAUUGGAAAUAGUACAUGGAUUUAAAUGAUAUAUACGAUCGUUCCAACAGUACCGUGAACGUGUGAGAACCUAAAAUUUGAGAAAAAUUGAAAUAAUAAUAAAAACAAUAUAAACCAUCGUCAUUCAGUGUUAUUAUAUUCGCUUCCCUUGUCUAUCUUUCUCUUUUUCUCUCGUUCACUCUCUCUCUCACACACGCACACCCUUGCAUUUGCUCACUCGCUCUGGCCCGUCACCGCCGCCACAGUCGUCGUCGUCGUCGUGCAGCACCGCGGUUACAAGUCUGAAGUAGAUACCGCCGCCUCCGCCGACGUACCGAUUUUCCGUUCGUUUACACUGAAACCGCCGUGUAGAAUUCUGUGCGCGACUACGUCCGCGUAUAUUAUGUACGUGAGUGUGUGUGUGUGUGCGUGAAUGUGAACGCGCCGCUGUAACCGAAGAUUGCAAGGAAAAAGUAACGUCAAAUCCGUAUAUUAAACUUAUCACACGCAUAUAUAACAAAAGGAAGCAGUAACGCCGAACCGAUAUAUUAUUAUCAUAUUCGCGAAAAUAGUAAUCAUAACAUAGAAUUACAUGAUAAUAUUAUAGUUGUAAAACAGAACAGUAUUCACGGGAGAUAUUGUGUUUGAUAUUUUAUCAAAAUAAUAUGACGUAUCGUUUUACCCCAUGCAACAGUAGCAGCAGUAGCUUUGGUCGUCGCCGUUAUAAAAGUGUCGUGGCCGCCGCGUUUACGUGAACCGCAUACUUUGUUGUAGUUAUUAAGUGUAUGAUACAUUAUUGUAUGUGGUCAUCAUCCAGCAACGGUCGCCUAGCCAAAAGAGCUGGACUAACAUCGACAAUCAUAUCAUUUUUAUCAUAAGCACACCAAUUAUGACGUGAUCGCAAAUAUAGAGGAUGCCGGUGUUAUAAAAUCAAAUGUUAUCUUAUUUAAUUCAAACAAUGUCAGACGGUGACACUAAUGAAGAUCUGCUAAAAAGCAGUAUUUAGUCAGUUUUGUUGACUAUGGAUUCCUAUGAGUUAUUUGGAGAGGAUGUGGGUGGAAACAUGUUGGAAGGCUUGUCUGAACUGGGAGGAGAUAAUUUCACUGAUGUUGCAGGACGUGGUAAUCAACCCCCUCCAAAUGCUGGUUAUGCCCAAUCUCAACCUUAUCAAAUGCCUGGUGAAAUGCAUGGCCAUCAAGUCGAAUCUCCACUGCAAAAACUUGCAUCUUUUGGACCACCAGGAAGUGCUGCACCUGGUGCACCUGAUUACAACCCUGGUAAUCAUAUGGAUCAUUUCCAUUCCAAUCACUCUGGGACAACAUAUGGCUCCAAUAGGGUUUCAUCAGGUUUAAGGCCUAAUUUAGGACAAACUGGACCACAACAGUAUUCACCUUAUUCUGAUGCAGGAGCAGGAAUGUACGGUACAAAUGAUCAGGCUGCUUUGCAAGCAUGGUCUAAUUAUUCAGCUCCUGGUAUGAAUAGACAUUAUCCUCACAUAGCUCAACCAUCAUAUAGACAACAUAUAGGCUAUCAGCAACAACCUAAUCAAGAGAACCAACCUAAGCCUAGCCAGUAUGUCCCUAUGAUGACUUCACAUCAAGCUCAAUCAAGUGCUUAUUCUAGAAGUCAACAACAGUCAAUGGCUCCUUAUCAAAAUAUGAUGUAUCCAAAUAGUACCCCCGGGUAUUCUGGAUAUGGCCAUCAGCAAAAUACUUCUACAGUGUCUUCAAGAAUACCUCCACAUCACAUGCAACAAUAUCCUCAACAACAAAUGCAGAUGCCUGAGAUUCCUAAUUCUCAAGGAUCUUCUAACUACAACCAUUUACAGUCUCAAAUAUCUACUCAUCCAGGUUUUUCUCAACAGCCACAACCACCUCCUCAGCAACAGCAAUCUCAACAACAACCUCAACCUAAUCAACAAAUGCCACAAAGAGCAUUAGGUAUUGACGUUGCUAAUAAUUCACCUUAUGGGCCAUCUAGUGGUAAUAGUAAAUCUCAUACUUCUCAAGGGGGAAGUCCUCAGCCACAAUAUAGAGCACAAUUCCCUCAACUCUCUCCACAGAUGUCACCACGACCACAAAUGUCUCCUAGGCCACAAAUGUCACCUAGACCUGUAAUGUCACCAGCAAAGCCAUCUACUCAUUCUCCACAUACACAUUCUGUCCAAAGUAACAUAUCACCAAGACCAGCUACAUCUUUAAUUCCUAAAGCUGUAGCUACAUCGAGUCCAUCUCCAUAUGCUCAACAGAGUACUCUUCAACAACUUGAACAAAUGGUCAUGCCAAAUGUUAGUACUAAUCCAUCUACAGAUUAUCCAUCUUAUAGAGGUGGUUUACCAACAAAUACUUCUCCCCACUGGCAAUCCACUCCAAGAACUCCCCAUAAUGGACCUAUGGCUCCUCCCAAUAUUAGUGAUCCAAGUAUGUCAGGAUAUUCCAAUAUGUCAGCUACUGAAGAUAAUCAAAAUGUUGAUUCAUCUAAAACGCAAAACAAUCCAAAUUCAAGCGGCAAUAUGAACAUAAACAAUAUGUCAAAUAUGGACUUACCUCCAACUUUAGAACCACAAACAAAUAUACCUCCAGUUCAACAACAAAUGCAAAAUAGUCAAAACUCUGGCCCUAUUGAUCAUAUGAGUUCUAAUAGUAUUAUGUUACCCAACACCAAUAUUGGAUAUAAUGAUUCAAUGUCACAGUAUCAAAAUGGUAAUAAAAUGGAAGAUAUGAUUAAUAGCCAUCCUCCUGAGGUAUCUCAACAAAUGCAACACUCUCAAUCUUCAAUGUAUGAUCCAAGGGGGCCUCCACCUCCAAACAUGUACCAUUCCUCUCCAAUAAGUCAUCAACAAGAAAUGGCUGCAUUACAACAACAACUACAAGAGUUAUAUUGUAUGCCUCCAGCAGGACCAGAUCAUCAAAUGAGGAUAAGUCAUAUUCAAGAAAGAAUAUCAAUUUUACAACAACAUGAAGCAAAUGAUCAAUGUAUGGGUGGUGUUCAUUGUCCAGUUGUUAAUCCAAUGUAUCAACCUCCAGUAAUGGAACCAGCUGCUCCUGUGGUAACAUCAGGGCGUGGUAGAGGUAGAGGGCGGGGGAGAGGCAGAGGUAGUGCUGCAGGCGAAGGCCGAGGAACUCCUAGACCAAGAAAAAGUAGAAAAAAAGCACAAGAACCUGAACAAAUACCUUUUUCACCACCUUUAUUACAGCCAGAACUACCAACUCAUUCAAUGGUACCACAAGAAAUGAUACCAAUGCAUAUGAAUAUGAAUCCAAAUAUUGCUCAUAUGAUGAGCUCCAAUAUGCCACAUAUGGGGAUGCCACCAAACCCUAUGCAUCAUGAACAACAUAUACCUCAGCCAUCUAUGUACAAUAAUUCAGACCCUUCAUAUCAUCAUCAUAUGCAAACUAUGGGAUGUCCACCACCUCAACAUGUAUCUCAACCUCCAUCUCAACAACUUCAACAAAUACCAAUGCAACAGCCUGUAGUGCCAUCUGAGUCACAGUUAUCCAACUCUGUACCCUAUUCCGCAGAUUCUAUGAUGCCUUCUAUUCAUCUUGACCAACCUAUGCAAGUACAAUCUGAUCAACAUCAGCAUCAUCAGUUGCACCAAGAACAACAUUUACAGCAAGAGCAGCAACAUCAGCAGCAACAACAGCAAUUACAGCAAGAACAUGCACAACAGGAACAGUUACAACAACAGCAUCUCCAACAACAACAACAACAGCAGCAGCAGCAGCACCAUCAACUACAACAGCAUCAACAUCAUCACGAGGAAGGCGGACAACAAGAGGAACAUCAACAACAAUUAUCUAUUACAGCACAGUCACCAGCUGUAUCAGAACCUCAUAGACGAUGUGAAUCACCCUUGAUAGAACAACAUAACACAUCUCCACCAACACAGUAUAAUGUACCAUCUCCUUUGGCUCAUAAUGAAGAGAAUAAAAAACUCAAUAUAGAUAGUCAAUCACAAAUAGAGAACAUUGAAAAACCAGCUACAUCUGAAAAUGAAAACAUGUCUGUUGGGUCACAUCACUCAAGAUCAUUAUCACCUGCAGAAUUAAAAGAGCCACAGUCACCUGAACGCGAUUGUUGGUCUGGUAGUGAUCAUGAUCCACCACCUCCAACUUUAACUGCAGAAGUUUCACCACCAGCUCUAUCUAAAGUUCAAGAAGAAACUUCUAUAGAAUCAAAUGUGUUUAAUUUUACUGAAGAUGAAGAUCCUCCUCCACCCCUUCACUCUCUUAAUGAUUUAUCUCCAAGAAAGCUAAAAGAAAUCAGAAUCGCUAAAAAAUCACAGUCUACAAAAGUAAAAAAACCUAAAGCUGUAAAAGUUCCUAAACCAAAAGUUGUUAAAGAAAAAAAGAAGAAAGAAACUAAUACUGAUACAGAAUUAACUGAAACACCUCCUAAGCCCAAAAGACAAUCUAAAAAAAAGAAGUCUGAAAUUAAAAAUGCUUUGACUGAAGAUGGUAAUUUGUUUGAUAAAUUAAAGAAUGAUACUACAAUAGAAGUUGAAGAGGAAUGUAACUUAAAUGACAGUGAAUUAGAAACUAAACUUGAGAAUGAACCUGAAAAAACAUUGGAUGAUUCUGAAGUAGAUUCUAAUUUUCCUAAAAGUGAUAAAGAGAAUACAGUUGAUGAGACAAUGGCAGAUGUUGAAUCAUUACCUGAAAGUAAUCAAUCUGAGACGCCAGCAAAAUCAUCUAAGUCUUCUAAACGCAGUACUGAUCGCAAAUCAAAAAGUCGGAGCAGUCGUCCUUCAAAAAGAAAAAAGCCCAAACCUAUUCCAACUAAUGAAUCUGAUAAUGAGGAACCUAAUAUUACACCACCACCUUCUCCAGAAGGGGAUGAUAAUAAACGUCGGUCAGGACGUCAUACACAAAGAAAAAAAUAUGUAGACGACAUCAUGUUAGCUAUGUCUGAUGAUGACUCUCGUAAAUCUUCAUCUCCUCAGAGAAAAUCGUCUACAUCCGGUUCAGGGAUAAUCAGUGAAGGUAAAAAGUCUGCUCAAGACAAAAAUUCUAACUCGAAUUCAGUCAAACCUAAUAUGGUUUACAUAAAUGUCACUGAUGAAGAUUCUAUGGUAGUACAACAUAUUCUUGCUGUUCGAAAAGGAACACGAGAAAUUUCUCUAAUAAAUAAAGAAGAAAAGUCUUCUGUAAGUGAUAGUGAAAGUGAAGUUAAUAAAGAAAUUGAAGGAAAUAAAGUAGAAAAUUAUUCAAAGGAAAAAGUUGAUAAAUUUGAAGAAGAUUCUUUGGAAAAAAAUAUAAAAACUGAAAAUGAAAAAUCUGAUGAAAUACUUGAAAAAGUUAAAAAUGAUGAUUCUAUUAAAAAAGAAAAUGAUGAUAAUAAAAACAAAGAUUCUAAAUCUGUUAAAGUAGAUGAUUCUAAAAAAAUUAUUGAAGUAGAUGAAUAUUAUGUAAAGUACAGAAAUUUUUCUUAUCUCCACUGUGAUUGGAAAACUGAAGAAGAGUUAUUAAAAGGUGACAAAAGAAUUGCUGCUAAAUUAAAAAGAUUUAAACAGAAGAUGGCGAAUAACACUAAUAUCUUUGAAAAUCUUGAAGAAGAACCUUUUAAUCCUGACUAUGUUGAAGUGGAUCGUGUUCUAGAUGUAUCUGAACAGUUUGAAGAACCAAAUUCAGAAAGUCCAACUAAUUACUAUCUAAUAAAAUGGCGAGCUUUGCAGUAUGAAGAUAGUACAUGGGAGUUGGAACAGGAUGUUGAUCCUGUAAAGAUAGAGGCUUUUGAAAAAAUAAGAUAUACACCUCCCAAAGACCAAUGGAAGCCUAAAAAGAGACCCUCCCCUAGUGAAUGGAUGAAAUUAGAAAAAUCACCUGUUUAUAAAGGUAAUAAUACUCUUAGAGAAUAUCAGCUAGAGGGUCUUAAUUGGUUACUUUUCUCAUGGUAUAAUGGGCGUAAUUGUAUUUUGGCUGAUGAAAUGGGUCUUGGUAAAACUAUUCAGUCUUUAACUUUCAUAAAUGCUGUCUAUGAGUAUGGUAUUAAAGGUCCUUUCUUAGUUAUUGCGCCAUUAUCAACAAUUCCUAAUUGGCAAAGAGAAUUUGAAGGAUGGACUGAAUUGAAUGUUAUUGUUUAUCAUGGAUCAUCUCAUAGCAGAAAUAUGUUACAACAAUAUGAAAUGUAUUAUCGUAAUGAUAAAGGGGCUAUUAUUAAAGAAAUUACCAAGUUUGAUGUACUCAUAACAACAUUUGAAACUAUUAUAUCUGACUGCAUGGACCUUAAAGACAUACACUGGAGACUUUGUGUUAUUGAUGAAGCACAUAGGCUCAAAAACAGAAAUUGUAAACUGCUUGAAGGCUUGCGUGCAUUAAAUCUUGAACAUAGGGUUCUAUUAUCAGGUACACCACUGCAGAACAAUGUUAAUGAAUUAUUUUCUUUGUUAAAUUUCCUUGAACCUACUCAAUUUUCAAGUUGUGAUGAAUUUCUUCAAGAGUUUGGUUCUCUGAAAUCUGAAACUGAAGUACAGAAGCUUCAACUAUUAUUAAAACCAAUGAUGUUGAGACGUCUAAAAGAAGAUGUAGAAAAAUCAAUUGCUCCUAAAGAAGAAACUGUUGUUGAGGUUGAAUUGACUAAUAUUCAAAAAAAGUACUACAGAGGAAUCUUAGAGAAAAAUUUUUCAUUUCUAUCUAAAGGUACAACUUCUGCUAAUGUACCAAAUUUAAUGAACACAAUGAUGGAGUUAAGAAAAUGUUGUAUUCAUCCUUAUUUAUUAAAUGGAGCUGAAGACCAAAUUCAAUACGAUUAUCGUAAUAUAAAUGGUGAUGAUCCAGAUGUUUAUUAUAAAGCUCUAAUUCAUUCUUCUGGUAAAAUGGUUUUAAUUGAUAAACUGCUUCCUAAACUUAAAGAUAAUGGUCAUAGGGUAUUAAUAUUUAGUCAGAUGGUUCGCUGUUUAGACAUUAUUGAAGAUUACCUUGUAUACAGAAAAUAUCCUUUUGAAAGAUUAGAUGGUAGGAUUCGAGGAAACUUGCGUCAAGCUGCUAUAGAUAGAUUUAGUAAACCUGAUUCUGAUAGAUUUGUAUUUUUACUUUGUACUAAAGCUGGUGGUUUAGGUAUUAAUUUGACAGCAGCUGACACUGUAAUAAUCUAUGAUAGUGACUGGAAUCCUCAAAAUGACCUUCAGGCCCAAGCGCGUUGUCAUAGAAUUGGACAGCAAAAAAUGGUGAAAGUUUAUAGACUAUUGUGCCGAAAUACAUAUGAAAGAGAAAUGUUUAACAAAGCAUCUUUGAAAUUGGGAUUAGACAAAGCUCUUCUACAAAGCAUGAACACAUCACAAGGAAAAGAUAUAAAUAAUAAACAACUUUCAAAAAAAGAAAUAGAAGACUUAUUAAAAAAAGGUGCUUAUGGUGCAGUCAUGGAGGAAGAUAAUGCUGGUGAUAAAUUUUGUGAAGAAGAUAUUGAUCAAAUUCUUUCAAGAAGAACUCAAGUUAUUACAUUGGAAAGUGAAAAAGGAUCAACAUUUUCUAAAGCAAGUUUUGCAUCAAGUGGUAUACGUCAAGAUAUUGAUAUUGAUGAUCCUGAUUUUUGGAAAAAAUGGGCCAGAAAAGCUGAUAUUGACACUUCUGAUAGAGGAGAUCAAAAUGAAUUAGUAAUAUCAGAACCAAGACGGCGAACUCAAAUUAAGCGAUAUGGACAUGAUGAAGCUGUUAUGGAUAUGUCAGAUCUCGAAACUUCUGGAUCUGCAGACAGUGAUGUUGACAAUAGUCUUGGUUUGGGACGUGGACGAGGACGAAGAACUAGAAAAAGUAAAAAUUUAAGAAAUAAAUUUUUACCUCCUGAUUAUAUUCCUAAAGAAGGUGAAGUUCUUUAUGGUUGUUGGACUAGAAGUGAAUGUUUUAAAGUUGAACGAGGAGUUUUGACAUAUGGCUGGAGUCGUUGGUCAGAAAUAAUUGAACAUAAUGACUUUCGUGAUGGAUGGAAAGAAAAUGAUGUAGAAGACUUGGCACGUAUUAUUAUUUUGUACUGUUUGAGAUUUUAUAGAGGGGAUGAAAAAAUACGGUCCUUUAUAUGGGAUCUAAUAACACCGGACAAUACAUCAGUUGAAGACUCUCCUACACAUAGUGGACAAAGUUUUCGAGGAUCAAAAAAGAAGAAACCUAAGCAGAAAGAUUUAAACACGCCUCAAUUAAUUGAUGAAGAGCAUUGGAGUAGAAAUUCUAAAUACGAUGGAGAUAUAUUUUUAGAUAGCAAUUAUCGUAAACAUCUGAGUCGCCAUGCUAAUAAAGUACUAAUAAGAAUUCGUAUGCUAUACUAUAUUAAAAGUGAUAUAGUUGGUGAUUUAGCUCAUCAAGUUAUUGAAGGUAUUCAUAUUAGUAAAUUACCAAUAAACACACCUAUAUGUGAUUUACCUCCAGCUCCUUGGUGGGAUAGAGAUGCUGAUCGUUCAUUAUUAAUUGGUAUUUAUAAGCAUGGAUUUGAAAACUAUAAUCAAAUGAGAAAUGAUCCAGCUUUAAGUUUUCUUUCUAAAUGUGGAUCAUCAACUACACUCGAAGAGAAAGAAGCAAAUAUAACAAAAAUAAAUGAACAAGAUGUUUCUGAACAACCUCUAAAUUCUGAUGAUGUAACAUCUGAACCUUCCACGCCUUUAGCUACUGAAGAAAAUACUAAUAAUAUUACAGCAACAUCAACUCUUGCACCUCCUACAGAAGAAAAUAUUUGGCCUUCAAUUGGUGAUCUAAAUAAUAGAGUAAGACGUCUCAUAUCGACAUGCCAGAGAAACUUCAAAAAAGAAGAAUUAAAAAUGGUUCAAAAAGCUAAGCUAGGAGAAUCAACGUGCGCGGCAACGUCAGGUACAACCCAGUUAUCAGGAGACGUUGCCAGCCUCCUUGGUACGGGACAGCCCGGAUGGGACUGGCAACAACUUGCCAUGUAUCUUUGGAAAGUGGAAAGAAGAGAAAAAUAUGAACAGUUUGUUAGAGAGCGAGAACGCCAACGUUUAGAAAUCAGUCAGAAAAAAUGGACCCGAAAGGAAGAGCAAGAAUUUUAUAGAGCUGUAACUACUUAUGGUGUAGAUUAUGAUAGAGUAUCAAAAAGUUAUAAUUGGACCAAAUUUAAAAAUGUUGCAAAACUUGAAAAAAAAUAUGAUGAUACGUUAACUGAGUAUUUUCGUUCAUUUUAUGCUAUGUGUAAGCGGUUGUGUGGCCAACCACUAACAAAAGAAGAGGAACUGUGUGAUUUUCCAAUGGAAUUAAUUAAUGAAGAAAGAGCUCGUCGAGCUCUUGAACGUAUAAAUCUAAUUGUAAAGAUACGUGAAGAAACAUUAAAUCAUCCUCAUUUAGAUGAACGCCUAAAAUCUUGUCAAGUUUCUGCUGAUGUACCAGAUUGGUGGCAACCAGGGAAACAUGAUAAAGAUUUAUUGGUUGGAGUUGCCAAGCAUGGUCUUGGAAGAACAGAUUUUUAUAUCCUUAAUGAUCCAGAGUUAUCUUUCAGAGAAAUUGUUCAGAAAAACUUACUUUCUGCAGUUACUGGAUCAUUUAAUACUGAAAUAAUACAAACAAAUAAAUCUAUUAAAUCUGAGACAAACAAGUUAGAUAAUGCCAAAACAGAUUUAAGUGUACCUAAAUUACCUAAAGAAGAGUCUAUUGAAUUAGAAGUUAAAAUAGAAUUAUCUGAAGAACAAUUAAUUAAAGACAAAGCUACAAAGAAGAAUGCACUUGAAUCAGAUAUCUCUAAAGAAGAAACUCUCAAAUUAGAUAUUAACGAUAAAGUGACUCCUCAACCUGCUGAAUCUAUAACAGUUGAAAACGAAACAAAAAUAGAAGUUGAAAAUACUAAGGUUGAGAAUAAUACUGAUUCAUUAAACAAUGACGUGACUAUUGUUAAUAUUGAAGACCAAUGUACAAAUAUUAGUAUUAUAAAAGAAACCGAAAAUAAAGUUGAAAAUCAUGAUGAACCUAUGAAUGUUGAUAUAGAACUAGAAAAAAAUUUUGGUUCAGGUGACAUCAAGUCAGAUACAGUCAAUAGUAUUGAAGAAAUAAAAGAAAAAGAAACAAUUUCUAUGUCAUUUAAUGAAGAUGAUAAUAAAAAGGCAAAAGAUGAAUUAUUAGAAGAAGAUAAUAAAGUUGUCCAAGAAAAUGAUGCAGUUCAAACUGAUACAGAUUUUAGCAGUGCAGUUCAAAAUGAUGUUCAAAGUAAUGUUGAAGAAAAAGAAUUAAAGGGAGAAACUUCAACAGAUGAAUUAAACCUGAGUUCAACAAAAACUUUAGAACCCAAAGAAGAAACAAUUACUCCUGAAACUGAAGAAAAAGAAAUAGAUAACACAUUCAUUCAAGCUAACAGUACAUCUAGUAUUACACCUAAUGAUGAUUCAAUUAAAUCUAAGGACGUUUCAGCAUCAGUAGAAAGUGUAGACAGGCUUAAAGCUAUGUUUCCAGAACUAGAAGUCAUGCACAAAGAUAUUUCAGCUAUAGACAAAUUACCAGUUCACAAACCUUUGCAACAAAUUGAUCAAACUAUUGCUCAUCUUCUAGCAACUAGUUAUCAAAACCCCAUUAAAUGGCCUAAAGAACAUGCUUUAGUUGUUCGUUUGCAACACAUAGUUGAGUGUGUUGAAACAGGAGAGUGGCCUGUAAGUAAAAAGUUUUCAGCAUAUGCCCAAAAUCCUAGUGGUAUUUGUGGAAUGGGAAUCGAUGAUUCUGACAAUGGAACUAAUAAAAGAGAAUUAGGGCAAGUAAAUGACCAUUUAGGCAUUUCUGAAAUUCAUAAUGAUCAUUCUUCACUAAGAAGUAAUAUUAUGAUAGCCCAUUCAAAUGUUAACUUAAAAAGAAAAAGACAUAUUGCUAUUGAUGUGGAAACAGAGAGAGCUAAACUUCAUGCAUUACUCAAUACAAAUUCAAUUCCUGCACAUCCAACUAAACACUCUGCUCCUAUGUGGGACCAAACUGAUGAAUCUCUUUCUGAAGACUCAAGGCGAUCAACUCCAGUCCCUUCACAUAUUCAACCUCCACCUGCUCAUCAACAGUCACAUAACUCAUCAUCAAGAUUAUUAAGCAUGGCGUAUGAUCUUAAAUUUUCAAAUGCUCCAAAAACACCUACUACUGUUGCUUCUGCUGCUACUCCACCCCAAUCUACAGGACCUAUUGAUUUAUCUUCUGGAAGUAUACCUCAAAUAGGAUGUAUGGAUUUAAGUUCUGGACCUAGAAUUUCUUCUGUUAAUGAAGUUCAGGAUUUUUCUAUGCCAUUUAAAAAUAAAUCUUCUCAAAAUGUUACUCAGUCCUCUAACUUAAGUACACCCCCAAAAAGUAAAUUAGAUGACAUGUUGAAUAAAUUAAUGCAAAAGAAAAACUGUGUGCGAAGCUCAUCAUCUAAAACUUCGGAAGAACAGCCGGUUGUUGGAAAGGAAAUGAAACGACGUAAGUUGGAUGAAAUUGUUUUUGGUUUAUCUGCUGCUAAAGAACAACAAUCAUCAUCAACAGAGCAAAAGAAACAUUCAACAUCAUCACCUUCACAUAAUUAUUCCACAUCAUCAAGUAAAACACAACAAAGCUUAUCUCAACAAUUAGGUUCUGCUCAUAGACAGUCUAGCAAGUUAGAUCCACUUGCAGCAUUUUUGUCAUCACAAGUACAUGAACAACAAUCCAACUUAUUGAAACAACAUACAACUUUACAACAACAACUUGCUCAACAACAACAAGUUUUGAAAAUGUCCCAAUCUUCAGGAGCUUCUUCAGUUUCGCAAAGCCAAAGAAAAAUGUAUGAAGCUAUGAUGGAUAGUAUGGCUAAAAGUACUGCAGAGUAUUCCGGAAAAUUAAAUGCAUCUACAUUUUCCCAAGAAGCUAAAGUGAACAAGUGGCUUGCUGAACAAAAUGCAUUAAUGACAGAUCAGCAAAUGUCUGCAGAUUUUUUAUCAGCGCCUAGAAGACGAAGACCACGAGUAGAUCCAACAUUAUUAGAUUGGAAAAAAUUAACUGGAGAAGAAAAUGUAUCGGUUAUUAAUAGAACAACUGGAAAAAAGUUAACAGGAACAAAAGCUCCUCAAUUAAAAAGAAUAGGUCAGUGGCUGCUGGAAAAUCCCUCUUAUGAUGUUGACCCUAAGUGGGCUGAUUUAGUUAAAGAGCGAGGAAAUUUAACACAUGAUUUACAAAAAAGAUUACCACAAGCAGAUCGCAAAAAAGGACCUGGAAGGCCACCUAUGCAAACCGGAGAACACACUAGUGCUUCAGGUCAAUCCAUCUCUAACAAUUCACCUUCUACAUCUAUGGCUCCUAAUUUGUCUUUUCCAUCAUUAGCAUCUGCUGGACUUAGUGGAAUAAAUCCAUCAACCCUCCUAUCUAGUUUAUCAAUGGGAAAUUUCGAUCCUAAAAAUAAUCCCUUAUUGAUGCCAUUUAGUGGUCUUUCAAAUAUUGGUGCUUUAGGAGGUAUGGGAGGCUUAGGUAAUAUGAAUUUGACAAAUUCAUUGUUUGCAAAUCUUGCUGGCUUAGGUUUGCCUGGACUUGCAGGUUUAGAUCCAUCUAAUAUGAAUGAUGGUUCUCUCUCAUCCCAAAGCCAACAAACAAACUCUAAAAAUUCAAAGUCUAGAAAAUCUGAAUCAAACGCCAAAAAUACCCCUUCAUCAUCAUCAUCAUCAACUAAUGUACCAUCUAGCUUAUCAGGAUCAUUACCAUUUUUCUUUCCUAAUCCUAGUAUGUUGUAUUCACCAUUAGGAUUAGGUGGAUUAAAUCCAUUUACACUGCAACCGGGAGCUAUGUCUUCUGCUUAUGAUAGUCUGUCAUUAUUAAAUGGUAGUUUAAAUGUUUCAUCACCAAACACUUCUCAAGGACUAUCGCGACAUAAAACUUCAAGUAGUCGUAGUCAAAAUCUAAAUGCCAGUACUGUAACUUCUUCUAGCCAAAGACAACCAAGGACUAGCACGCACCAUCUGCCCUCAUCAACUCCUAGUCCAGCUGAUUUACUGGAAAAUUUAACCAGGGCUAGUCGCAAUUUAGCUCACACUGACAUGUCAAAAAAUCGAAAUUCUCGAGAUGUUGAUAAUUUACGAUCACUUAUGUCAAGUAUGCCUCCUUUUAAUAUGUUAGCAGCUGGAGCAUUAGCUAGUAGUAGUGAUUCUAAAAAAACUAGAGAACAAGAAAUGAGAGAAGCUCUAGAAAAUCUAACUAAAGCUUCGCCAGAAUUAUUUGCUCGUUCAUUACCUGAUGAUAAAAAGUUUAGUUUUCCAUCUAUGGAAGUGAUUGAAAAAUCAUUAAAAAGACCUGCUGAACAAAGUUCAUCUUUAGAAAGACCCAGUAAACGUACUAAAGAUAUGAUAUCUCCUAUUACAAUACCAGUUCCACACACGGUAACAACAAAAUCUACAGGAAAUAAAGAAAGUUCUUCGGAGCCAGGCAUUGAUUUGUCAAAUAUGGCAAAAGCUAAAUCUCCAGAAAAACACAAAGAAAAAGUUGAAAAUUUAGCUGCAUCUCAAUUCAAAUCUGAAUUAGAAUGUGAUUCUCAAGUGGAUAAAAUUGAUGACAGUAUUGAUAUGACCAACCAAAAAUCUAAUACACCUGAUGAUAAUGACGAGAAAAAUGAAAAUAACAAAAAAAGCAAAAAAAGUAGAGUUAAAAAGUCUUUGAAUGAUGAGAAUGUAGAACGCAAAAAUCUCCGUAGUAAUACUGGUAAAUAUUCUGGAAGAUCAAAAUCUCAUUCUCGAUCACCAUCUCCUUCAGUUUCAUAAGUCUUAUCUAUUUUAUUGUGAAUACCAUUUGUAAUAUUAUAUAUAAAUUAUAAAACCAUUCCUAGUAUGUAAUGUGCUAGUUUAGCAUUUUUAACAUAUAUUUUUUUUUAUUGUUUAUUUUUUACAAAAAUUUGUUCUUAAAGUAUUAUUAAUAAUAUAGAAUUUUAAGAAAAUUUUCUUUACUAGAUUGAUGUUUAAGUUUUUAAAUAGAUUUUCAUUUUAUCUUAAUAUUUAUGACUAAAGCUCAAAUUUAAUAUUUGAAACAUUUUUAUAGAAAAUAAUAAUUUUUUUUACAGUAAUCUAUUUAUUUAAAAAUGAAUAAUGCAGCUAUUGUAUAAUUAUAAACAUAAAUA